GGGUGCCAAUUCGCAUCCCAGUUGCUCCAUUUCUAACCGAAUGGCCUGGGAAACCAGUGGAGGACAGCCCAACUCCUGGACCUGUCUAAUGUGGGAUAUAGAGGGAACUCCUGGUUCUGGCUUCCUUAAAUGGCCAUCUGGGGAAUGAGCCAGCAGACAGUAGAUCUCCCUCUGAUUUCAAAACAUAUACAUAGUAAAAUAUGCUGAACAAAAAUUUAUUGAACAUUUGUCCAUCCAUUAAGUAAAUACUAAAAAUGUUCUAAUGACAAUAAAUUAUAGUAAGGAAAAUAUUGAGGAUCAUUAAAAUAUUUCAGUGCCUUAUCCUAUGCAUAAAAUUAAAAGCAGUUUCUUUACUGGAACUUACAGUUAGACUAGAAAGUAGGCACAGCAGUUUUUAAAAGGACAAAGAGAAGGGAAAAGGCAUGUGUGGCAAACAAGUAUACCUUUCAGGGAAUGAAGCUUCGAGCUAAACCUCUACAUAAAGACUACGGAGAGGGUCAUACCUAAGUACAUGGAACUGGGAGCCUUUUUUUUUUUUUUAAGCAUCCCUGGUUAGAGGGAAAUAGAUCUCCAGGUUCUGACGGAAAGAGCCACCGCCUGCUCCCCGAGUGCGUUUGGCCAACACAGCCCAUCUGAGACGGGAAGAGUGUUUUCUGGGGAGCGCGCAGGUCUGGCCCCGCAGCGCACUACAAUUCCCGUCGUGCUCCUGGCCCGCCGUGGCCUCCGGCGAGCGCAGACUCGCUGUCCUCUAUCGCCGCCGGCUGCAGAGGCUGGGCGGGGCGCCCGCCGUGCGGGGCCACCCUGCCACUGCUCCCUGGGGCCUCUCUUCGGACUGUUGACCUCGAAUGAGGAACGAGCGGGGCGGGAAGGGGAGGGCUGCGGCGGCGCGGACAGAGCCCGCCGGGCCCGGCGCGGGGGGCGGCGAGGUCACGUAACGGCCGCUCUCCCCGGCAUCCCGAGCGCGCGCCGCGGCUCGGAAACAGUUACCGGCUAGUAAACAACAGCUGCGCGCGCACCCGCCUCAGCUGGCGCCGGAUCCCGCACCUGCGACCUCCUCAGCCCCCCGCUCCUGCCCGGUCGGGGCCGGCGUUCUGGGCCGUCUCCUCAGCCGGGACCCCUGGGAAGACCUGCGCCGGGGCCGGGGUCGGGCAGAAGGCGCCUCCCGGAGAAACGGGGUGGCCCGCUCUGUCACGCGCCAGAGCACCCAGCGAGCCGGCCGUGGGCUCAGCGGACUAGCAGCGACCUGCCACGACCCCGAGCUGCAGUCGGAGCUGUCCUGACCGGCUAGCCGCCUGCCGCCUGAUCCCGGGGACCUCUCUCUGCCAGAAGAGCGGGCGCGCCACCCCCGCAGACCUCCCCGAGGCAGCCUCCUCCUCCUCCUCCCGUUCUCCUCCAUCCAGUAGUGUCGCUUAUUUUUCCCGUUAUGCAUGUGCACCUCUCCCACCAGACCCAAGUGGAUUAUCGACCUCCAAAACACCGGGUGGCUCUGCACACUCCUCCUCCCAGCCAGACCUGUGGGGUGUUCACCUGAUACACAACAGGUGGCCGGGUGUACACCUUUUCGCAAUCUGAUCCACGCUCUAUUCGCCCGGUAAAAGGGUGGGCUUGCAUCCGCCCUGCUCUGCUUAGGACUGGGGAACACUCAGCAGAUCCAGGACUACCUACCUCGGAAGGAACUGGGGCGGAGGACAGGGGGGUUUCUGCAGCUUCUGUGAGGCCAUGGCCCCGCGCCCCCAGCCCCGGGCCAGGGGAGACAGCUAGGUCGUGCUUCUGAAGGAUCAAAGCUACUUGACAUUGGGACCGUUUCAGUGUUUGUUUUUUUCUCAAAAGGAAAAAAAAAAAAGUCUCAGCUAUUGGGGUUGCACUUUUUAAGACAAUUGGCUUGAAUACUUAGUAGGAUUCUUAUUUGGGGCUCUGUGGUGAAGGCGAUUGAGGGUUGGUUUUCUCUUUUUUAAGUUUUCUAUUUUUGUCAUCAAAGGUAACUAGUGUAGGAGCAAAAUUCUUGUGAGGUUUUUUUCUCUUUGUUCUUCAAAGUAAGAAAGGAAAAUGCAUCCUCCGGAAACGACCACCAAGAUGGCUUCAGUUCGGUUCAUGGUGACACCAACGAAGAUCGAUGACAUUCCGGGCUUGUCAGACACCAGCCCGGACCUCAGUUCUCGAUCCAGUUCCCGCGUACGGUUUAGCUCCCGGGAAAGCGUGCCUGAAACCAGUCGGAGCGAGCCCAUGAGUGAGAUGUCGGGAGCCACCACUUCUCUGGCCACUGUUGCCCUGGAUCCAGCCAGUGACAGGACUAACCCCCAGGAUGUUACCGACGACCCGAGUCAGAACUCCAUCACAGGGGAACACAGCCAGCUGUUGGAUGAUGGGCAUAAGAAAGCUCGAAAUGCUUAUCUCAAUAACUCCAAUUAUGAAGAAGGAGAUGAAUAUUUUGAUAAAAACUUGGCACUCUUUGAGGAAGAAAUGGACACCAGGCCAAAGGUAUCUUCUCUCCUCAAUCGCAUGGCCAAUUACACCAAUCUGACCCAAGGUGCAAAGGAGCAUGAAGAAGCAGAAAACAUCACUGAAGGGAAAAAGAAGCCCACUAAGACCCCCCAAAUGGGUACUUUCAUGGGUGUCUACCUCCCUUGUCUGCAAAAUAUUUUUGGAGUGAUCCUCUUCCUCCGCCUCACGUGGGUUGUGGGCACAGCUGGCGUUCUCCAGGCCUUUGCCAUCGUCCUUAUCUGCUGCUGCUGUACCAUGCUGACUGCUAUCUCCAUGAGUGCCAUUGCCACUAACGGAGUGGUGCCAGCUGGAGGCUCAUACUUUAUGAUCUCCCGGGCUCUGGGCCCAGAGUUUGGUGGCGCUGUUGGCCUCUGCUUUUAUCUCGGUACCACAUUUGCAGCAGCCAUGUAUAUCCUUGGAGCCAUUGAAAUUUUUCUGGUGUAUAUUGUUCCCCGGGCUGCCAUCUUUCGCAGUGAGGAUGCUCUCAAAGAAUCGGCAGCCAUGCUUAAUAACAUGCGUGUCUAUGGCACAGCUUUCUUGGUUCUCCUAGUCCUGGUGGUGUUCAUCGGCGUGCGUUAUGUGAACAAGUUUGCCUCUCUUUUCCUGGCCUGUGUCAUUGUGUCCAUCUUGGCCAUCUAUGCUGGAGCCAUCAAGUCGUCUUUUGCCCCUCCACACUUCCCGGUCUGCAUGUUGGGUAACCGCACUCUUUCCUCAAGACACCUUGAUGUGUGCUCUAAGGUCAAGGAAGUUAACAACAUGACAGUCCCAUCAAAGUUAUGGGGCUUUUUUUGUAACUCAAGCCAGUUUUUCAAUGCCACCUGUGAUGAAUACUUUAUUCACAAUAAUGUCACUUCAAUCCAGGGCAUUCCUGGGUUGGCUAGUGGUAUCAUUACAGAGAAUCUUUGGAGUAAUUACCUACCCAAGGGAGAGAUUAUAGAAAAACCCUCAGCCAAAUCGUCUGAUGUUCUGGGCAGCUUAAAUCAUGAAUAUGUCCUUGUUGACAUCACCACCUCCUUCACUCUCCUGGUGGGGAUCUUCUUCCCCUCUGUCACAGGGAUCAUGGCUGGAUCAAACAGAUCUGGAGAUCUGAAGGACGCCCAGAAGUCCAUCCCCAUCGGCACGAUCCUUGCCAUCCUGACCACGUCCUUCGUGUAUUUAAGCAAUGUUGUUCUUUUUGGUGCUUGUAUUGAAGGGGUUGUACUCAGAGACAAGUUUGGGGACGCUGUGAAAGGUAAUCUGGUGGUAGGCACCUUAUCUUGGCCAUCCCCAUGGGUGAUAGUUAUUGGCUCAUUCUUUUCAACAUGUGGGGCUGGACUCCAGAGCCUCACAGGUGCACCAAGGCUGUUGCAAGCCAUUGCCAAGGAUAACAUCAUACCAUUUCUAAGGGUUUUUGGUCACAGCAAAGCCAAUGGAGAACCCACCUGGGCUUUACUUCUGACUGCCGCCAUUGCAGAGCUGGGAAUCCUUAUUGCCUCCUUGGAUCUUGUGGCUCCGAUUCUCUCCAUGUUUUUUCUCAUGUGUUACCUCUUUGUGAACUUGGCAUGUGCUUUGCAAACCUUACUUCGAACACCCAACUGGAGACCCCGAUUCCGCUACUACCACUGGACCCUGUCUUUCAUGGGAAUGAGUAUCUGUCUGGCUCUGAUGUUCAUCUCUUCCUGGUAUUAUGCCAUUGUUGCCAUGGUAAUAGCUGGCAUGAUCUACAAGUAUAUUGAGUACCAAGGAGCUGAGAAAGAGUGGGGUGAUGGUAUCCGCGGGCUGUCCCUCAGUGCAGCCCGGUUUGCUUUACUUCGCCUGGAGGAAGGACCUCCACACACUAAGAACUGGAGACCUCAGUUGCUUGUGUUACUGAAACUAGAUGAAGACUUACAUGUCAAGCAUCCUCGCCUGCUUACGUUCGCCUCCCAGCUCAAAGCAGGAAAGGGCCUCACUAUUGUGGGCUCUGUCAUCGUGGGCAACUUCCUGGAGAACUAUGGUGAAGCUUUAGCUGCCGAGCAGACCAUAAAGCAUCUAAUGGAGGCAGAGAAAGUAAAAGGAUUCUGCCAGCUGGUGGUGGCUGCUAAGCUGAAAGAGGGCAUCUCCCACCUCAUCCAGUCAUGUGGCCUCGGGGGCAUGAAGCACAACACGGUGGUGAUGGGCUGGCCUAAUGGCUGGCGCCAAAGUGAAGAUGCUCGCGCCUGGAAAACUUUUAUUGGCACAGUUCGAGUGACAACUGCUGCUCACCUUGCCCUACUGGUGUCUAAAAACGUCUCCUUCUUUCCCAGCAAUGUGGAGCAGUUUUCUGAGGGCAACAUUGAUGUGUGGUGGAUUGUGCAUGAUGGGGGGAUGCUGAUGUUGUUGCCAUUCCUACUGAAACAGCACAAGGUGUGGCGAAAAUGCAGCAUCCGGAUCUUCACCGUAGCCCAGCUAGAAGAUAACAGUAUCCAGAUGAAGAAGGACCUGGCCACCUUCCUCUAUCACCUGCGGAUUGAAGCAGAGGUGGAGGUGGUAGAGAUGCAUGACAGUGACAUCUCUGCCUACACAUACGAGCGCACACUGAUGAUGGAACAGAGGUCGCAGAUGCUCCGGCACAUGAGGCUGUCCAAAACAGAGCGUGACAGAGAGGCACAGUUGGUGAAAGACCGGAACUCGAUGCUGCGCCUGACCAGCAUUGGCUCGGACGAAGAUGAAGAGACAGAAACCUAUCAGGAGAAGGUGCACAUGACUUGGACAAAAGACAAGUACAUGGCAUCGCGGGGUCAAAAAGCCAAGUCAAUGGAGGGAUUCCAGGACCUGCUUAACAUGCGGCCGGACCAUUCCAACGUGAGGCGGAUGCACACGGCCGUGAAGCUCAAUGAGGUUAUAGUUAACAAGUCCCAUGAAGCAAAGCUGGUUUUGUUGAAUAUGCCAGGGCCACCUCGAAACCCUGAAGGUGACGAAAACUAUAUGGAAUUCCUCGAAGUGCUCACGGAGGGCCUGGAGAGGGUCCUGCUCGUCCGAGGUGGUGGCAGUGAAGUGAUUACCAUUUAUUCAUAAUCGGCUGGAGAACUCUGCUUGACCUCACCUCUCCUAAACGCUUCUGUCCUCCAUGGAAGUGCAGCUGUUUGCUACCACUCCCAUCCAACCAGAUGCUACGUUCUGUACACAGCACCCUCAAUUCUUGAUUAGCUGAGCCUCGCAUUUUCUGCAGAACAGCGAUAAAGGGGUCUGCUGUGUGCACCCAAAUGAUCCGCUGUCCUAACAGAAGCAAAUAUUCCUUCAACAUCAGAACAAUGGUCAAAUCCUAAAAGCCAUGUCUGUAUCAGUAGAAGGCAAGCUGGAAUUAACAAGCUAAGCCAGCAGAUGACUUGCUAAGAGAUGCUAUAAAUUCAGCUGCAGACAAAA